AUGAACCUGCCCCCAGACAAGAUGCAGCUGCUCAGCCAGUACGACAACGAGAAGAAAUGGGAGCUGGUGUGCGACCAGGAGCGGUUCCAGGUGAAGAACCCACCGUCCGCCUACAUCCAGAAGCUGAAGAGCUACCUGGACACGGGCGGCGUGAGCAGGAAGUUCAAGCGGCGGGUGCAGGAGUCGACGCAGGUGCUCCGGGAGCUGGAGAUUUCCUUGCGGACCAACUACAUCGGGUGGGUGCAGGAGUUCCUCAACGAGGAGAACAAGGGCCUGGACGUGCUCCUGGAGUACCUGUCCUUCGCCCAGUGUGCUGUCACGUACGACAUGGAGAGCGCGGAUAAUGGGAGCCCGGGCUCGGACAAGGGCAAGCCCUUGGAGCGCUCGGUGGAGGACCUGAGCAGGAGCACCUCGGCAUCGCCCACGCAGGGCUCCUCCAAGAGCCGCCACCUCAACGUGAGGCUCAACCCCACGCACAGCAGGAAGGCGCUGAGGAACUCGCGCAUCGUCAGCCAGAAGGACGACGUGCAYGUCUGCAUCAUGUGCCUGCGCGCCAUCAUGAACUACCAGUCUGGCUUCAGCCUGGUGAUGAACCACCCGGCUUGCGUCAAUGAGAUCACGUUGAGCCUCAACAACAAGAACCCCAGGACCAAGGCGCUCGUCCUGGAGCUGCUGGCGGCCGUUUGCCUGGUGCGAGGUGGCCAUGACAUCAUCCUYGCUGCCUUYGACAACUUCAAGGAGGUGUGCGKCGAGAAGAACCGCUUCGAGAAGCUGAUGGAGUAUUUCCGAAACGAGGACAGCAACAUCGACUUCAUGGUCGCCUGCAUGCAGUUCAUCAACAUCGUGGURCACUCCGUGGAGAACAUGAACUUCCGCGUGUUCCUGCAGUACGAGUUCACCCACCUUGGGCUGGACGAGUACCUGGAGAGGCUGCGCCUCACCGAGAGCGACAAGCUGCAGGUGCAGAUCCAGGCCUACCUGGACAACGUCUUCGACGUGGGCGCCAUGCUGGAGGACACGGAGACCAAGAACGCGGUGCUGGAGCACAUGGAGGAGCUGCAGGAGCACGUGGCGCAGCUGACGGAGAAGCUGCAGGAUGCGGAGAACGACUCCAUGGCCAAGAUCGCGGAGCUGGAGAAGCAGCUGAGCCAGGCGCGCCGCGAGCUGGAGGCGCUGCGGCCCCCGGMCGGGCUGGAUGCGGCCCCCGCCGCCGGCUCAGUGAAGGUGAAGAAGCCCAUCCAGACCAAGUUCCGCAUGCCCGUCUUCAACUGGGUGGCCCUCAAGCCCAGCCAGAUCGACGGCACCGUCUUCACGGAGCUCAAUGACGAGAAGGUGCUGCAGGAGCUGGACAUGAGCGACUUUGAGGAGCAGUUCAAAACCAAGGCCCAGGGCCCCGGCCUGGACCUCAGCGCCCUCAAGGUCAAGGCUACACAGAAGGCCCCGAGCAAGGUGACCCUCAUCGAGUCCAACCGGGCCAAGAACCUGGCCAUCACGCUCCGCAAGGGUGGCCGCAGCGUCCAGGACAUCUGCACGGCCAUCGAGACGUACGACCAGCAAGCCCUGAGCCUCGACUUCCUGGAGCUGCUGCUGCGCUUCCUGCCCACCGAGUACGAGCGGACGCUCAUCUCCAAGUACGAGCGGGACCAGCAGCCGCCCGAGGAGCUCUCAGAUGAGGACCAGUUCAUGCUGAGGUUCAGCAAGAUCCCGCGCCUCUCCGAGCGCAUGAACGUCAUGAUCUUCCUGGGCAACUUCAGCGACACGGCCCAGCUGCUCAUGCCGCAACUCAACGCCAUCAUCGCCGCCUCCAUGUCCCUCAAGGCCUCCACCAAGCUGCGCAACAUCCUCGAGAUCGUCCUGGCCUUCGGGAACUACAUGAACAGCAGCAAGCGUGGGGCCGCCUACGGCUUCCGGCUGCAGAGCCUCGAUGCGCUGCUGGAGAUGAAGUCAACGGAUCGGAAGCAAACGCUGCUGCAUUACCUGGUGCGGGUGAUCACGGAGAAGUACCCGGAGCUGACCGGCUUCCACACGGAGCUACACUUCCUGGACAAGGCGGGCGCAGUCUCCCUGGACGGCGUCCUGCAGGACGUGCGCAGCCUGCAGCAGGGCAUGGAGCUCACGCGCAGGGAGUUCAUGCGGCAGGACGACAGCCCCGUGCUCAAGGACUUCCUCAAGAGCAACUCGGAGGUGAUGGAGAAGCUGCAGGCCGACAGCAAGACCGCCAAGGAGGCCUAUGAGUCGGCCGUGGAGUACUUYGGGGAGAACCCCAAGACCAGCCCGCCCACCACGUUCUUCCCCAUGUUCAUGCGCUUCAUCAAAGCCUACAAGAAAGCAGAGCAGGACAUCGAGCUSUGGAAGAAGCAGGAGGCUGCUGCCAAGGAGGCGGAAUUGAGCCCCCCCGGCAGCGAGGAGCCGCUGGACACGAAGCCGUCCAUCCCCAAAGCCCGGCGGCAGCAGAUGGACAUGAUCGCUGAGCUGAAGAAGAAGCAGAUGGGGAAGGAGCCUCUCAUUUACGAAGGGAAAGACGGCGCCAUCGAGGACAUUAUCUCAGCUCUGAAAACUGUUCCUUUCACGGCCCGGACGGGCAAACGCUCGUCCCGGCUCUUCUGCGACGUGAGCUACAACGAGGAGAGUCCCCUCUAGUGCCUACCUGCGGAACAACCCAUACCGCCGCGCCGACAUGGGCCGCA